AUGAGUCGAAGUCUACUCCUCAACAGCUGCCAUAAAAUUCCACAACUCGGUUUUGGAACCUUCGACGUAAUGACACUUUCUUCUAAUGCUGUCAAAACAGUCGUAUCCAAAGCAGUCCAAGUGGCCAUCAGCACUGGCUUUCGCCACAUCGACAGCGCCAUGUUCUAUAAAAAUGAAAAGGAAGUCGGUGCUGCAAUAGCAGCAUCCAUGGAAAGGCACAACCUCAAGCGUGAAGACAUCUUUCUGGCUUCGAAGCUUUGGUGUGACAAACACGCACCCGAAGAUGUCCGCAAAACGUGCGAACUGUCGGUGCAAAACUUCAACCUCCAGUAUCUUGACCUUUACUUGAUACACUUUCCUGUGUCCUUCCAAAUGAAGGGAGGUGCUGGCUUCGACGUCAAUGGUCCCAACUCACUCACAUUUGAAUAUCAUAAGCUUGAGGAUACAUGGAAGGCCAUGGAGGAAUUAAUUACGGCUGGGCUAGUCAAAUCGAUUGGAGUGUCUAAUUUUAACAGAAAACAGGUUGAACGCAUUCUGGCAUCCUGCACAAUACCGCCAGCUGUGAAUCAAAUCGAAGUCAAUCUCCAUUGUCUUAACACGAAGUUGAUUGAGUUUUGUCGCUCCAAGAACAUUUUGAUUGAGGGCUAUGCACCCAUCGGUUCUCCCGGUUUCAUACACCUUAAGGAGCACCCGGAAUAUCCGUUCCACGAUGAGUACUAA